AUGCCCGCCACAUUCUCCACAGAGUCAUACUUUGAGACCCAGCAGCAGCCGGGUGGCACGCAGGAGAAGACAGCUGCCGUCCUACAGUUCGUCCAGAAGUGGCUGGCUGUUCAGGACAAGAAGGUCGUCCUGGUCACCAGUGGCGGCACCACCGUUCCCCUGGAGGCCAAUACUGUUCGUUUCCUCGACAACUUUUCAGCCGGUACCAGAGGGGCGACCUCAGCAGAGUACUUCUUGUCCCAGGGAUAUGCCGUGAUAUUCAUGCACAGACAACACUCCCUCCGGCCCUUCUCCCGGCACUACUCUCACUCCCUUCACUCUUUCCUCGAUUUCCUCUCCCUCGUCCCAUCUUCAACCAACCCCGACGAACAGUCCAUCACCGUCUCACCAUCCGUCGCCCAAGAACUCUUCCCUAUCCUUCAGGCCUACCACAAGGUCCAGGACGAAGGAACGCUGCUCAGUAUCGACUUUCAAACGAUCAACGAGUAUCUGUGGCUCUUGCGAGGUGUGACAGAGAUCAUGGCGACCUUGGGACGCAGAGGGCUAUUCUACCUGGCCGCCGCAGUGUCAGACUUCUUUUUGCCAGACGAAAAGAUUGCCGAGCACAAGAUUCAGAGCGGCAAGGGCACGUUGUCGCUGGAGAUGGACCAGGUGCCAAAGGUGUUGAAGCCCUUGGUGCAGGAGUGGAUGCCGGAGGGUUACAUUGUCAGCUUCAAGCUUGAGACGGAGGCAGAGCUCCUGAUACCCAAGGCUCGCGCUGCCCUGUCUCGCUAUGGCCACCAGCUCGUCAUCGGUAACGAGCUUCACCGUCGCAAGUACGAAGUCGUAUUUGUCGAGCCUCUGUCUUCCACCAUCCGAGGAGACGACUCCAUCUCAGGAGCGUCCACACCCCCGCUGGAAAGAUCAAGAGAUGACCAAUUCAGGGAGACGUGGCUCAAGCUGGACGAUAUACAAGAGGGUGCAGCGGAAGCUGGUGUGUCUGCCGGAGGAAGUGGCAAGGAUGGCGAGGUCGAGAUUGAAGAGUUGAUUGUCAAAGAGCUGGUACAAAGACAUCAAAAAUGGAUCUCAGCAAAGCCACAAUGA